AUGAACAAGCCCGUCGGGAAGCACUCCCAUGCGGCCAGCGCCGCCGAGCUUCUGCCGUCGAAGAGCGCCAGACCGCGCACCAAACGGCAGCGCCGGGAGGAGCCGGCGCCAGCGGCGGACGUGCAGCGGCCGGCCAGCCCCCGCGGCGGCCCGUCGUCGCCGUGCCCGUCCGCCGCGCUGCCGCCUCCGCCACCCCGCUCUAUGAAGGCCCGCAUCCUGGCCCUGGUCGACCUGGAGAAGAGCAGGAGCUCGCAGGAGAAGGACCGCAGCGCCGGCGAGAAGAACAGCUCGGGGCUGACCGCCCGGGUCGACCAGCAGAAAGCCAAGGGCUCAGCGCUGGCGGCCCGGCUCGACCAGGACGAGAGCAAGAGUGCGAAGGCGUCUGCCCCAGUCGACCAGGAGAAGACCGAGCGGCCGGAGUUAGUCGUCCGGGUCGAUGUGGAGAAGAGCGGCAGUUCUGACAUGGCGGGGGACAAGACGUCACUGGCCGAGCCUGAGUCCAGGGCGAAGUCCGGUCACGGCGAAGGUCGGCGCAGCAAGACUCCUGGCUCCAAGAGGGGCAGCUCGCGACGGCUCACUGCCUUCAUGGUGGUCCGCAAGGUGGAGACAGAGGGAUCAAAGCCCGAAUACGAGUGCAUCGAGUGCAAAAAACACUUCACUACAUUCUCCCACUGGAAGAGCCACGUGCGCUGUCGCACGGGCAAGGCUCGCUUCAGCUGCUCUCUGUGCCCUUGGAGAGGGAAUGCAAAGCAGCAUUACAACUAUCACAUGGACAGGCAUAAAGGCACUCCUCCAUCUCACGUAUGCUCAAUCUGCUCGGCCAAGUUUCUACAAAAGUCCACCUUGGACCGCCACAUGGCCACCCACAGCACAGAGGGCGGUCUGCAGUGUGCCGUGUGCUCCACCCGCUUCACCUGCCAGUACAACUACCAGCGGCACCUGCGCACUCACACCGGCGAGAAGCCUUUCUCCUGCCAGCUCUGCGGCCGGGCCUUCUCCGACCAGGGCAACCUCAAGAAGCACAUGCUGAAGCACAAGGAGAGUGCGGAGGAGCGGUGUCCGGUGUGUCCGGAGCCGCGCCUGUACCGCACGCCGGCCACGCUGUCGCAGCACCUGCGCGAGUGCCAUGAUCUGCCGAGGCCGGCGCAGCGCCACAGCUGCUCCACCUGCGGCAAGCACUUCUCCCGCCGCUCCGACCUGCGCAGACACCAGCGCAUCCACACAGAGGAGAAGGAGUUCGGCUGCCCGUACUGCCGUGUGACCAGCCGGCGGGUGGACACACUGGCGCGUCACAUGGCCGCCUCGCACCGGCUCAGUCGGGACGAAGCGCGCGCCAAGAUCCGCCGCGCGGCCGGCAGCCCGCACGGGCCCAGCAGCGUCGACCAGCGCUCGGCGCAGCAGCUGACCAGCUCCCAGAACCACCUGCGCCAGCUGAUCGGCAACGCCGCCUUUGAGGGUCUGUCCACCAUGUUCGACAACCUGCGGACCAACGUCGUGGCGUGCAUGUCAGCUCACGGCCGCGCCCAGCGGCCGACGGAAGCGGGGCCGUAG